AUGAACAAUAUAACAAGUAUGGAUAUAGACUCAUUACGGAAAGAUCUGAAGGAGCGCACGAACGAGGUCGAUGUGUUAAAAAAGAAAUUGCAGAAAGCGGAUAAGGACCGGCAACAAUGGGAGACACAAAAAAGACAGUUGGAAUCGAAACUGCCCAUAGAUGUACAACUAUUGAUGGCUCAAAAACGGGAAUUAACUAUGCAAUUGGAUAGAGAGCAAAAUGAGAAGCAUGAGCUCUUCUUACAGAUUAACUCGAUGAUCGCACAGCUGGCGGACACACAACCAGCUGGUGAAGUAGAGCAACUGAAAUCCGAGAACAGAGAACUUCAACGGCGAGUGGAAGAACUUGAGAGCUCUUCUGCUAAGGAAAGCUGUCGUCUUGAAGCAGAUCUACAGAAGGCUAGAAAUGAAAAUGAAGUGGCGAAACAUCAGAACGAAAGAGAGAAACGAAAGAUGCAGACAGAAAUCGAAGAAACGAGAAAAGAACUACAUAUGAAAGCGGCUGCACUGCAAUCAUUAAUGCUAGCUACCCAGGAUGCAAAUAAAACGGAGCGAUUAAAGGAGGAAAACGAAGAGAUGGCAAGGCUGUUGGAGGAGACUGAAUCGGCGUUAGCGGCCUCGAAACGUGAACUGGCGGCUAAAAAUGAGGAAAUUCUCGAAUUGCGGAAAUCUUCCGAGGAGAGUUCAGUGUCUUCGAAACAACUGGAAGAAUUUGAGAGAAAGCUACGAGAAGCUGAGAAAGUACUGGAAAGUGAGGUUGCAUCAAAGGAAUCUCUUAUGAAAUCCUGUGAAGAGCUGAUCGCUGACGGGAAAAAAGCUGAGGAAAAGAUCAACGAAUGGAAAACAAAAUAUGAUGAAGCUGAGAAGAUCAUUGGUAGUCUCAGAGAGGACAUAGGACGUCUUGAAAAGGAGGCCAGCGAAGAAGCUGCACAGAAUCGUCGAUGGGAAUUCGAACGAGACCAGGAAAUUCAAACUCUUACUGAGCGAUUACUUAUACUCGAAACGACAUUGAAAGAGAAAGAUUCUAAAAUCGAGAGUAUUCGCGUGCAACUCCUAGCAGCUGAAUCUAAAGCGGAACAAGCAGAAGCCGAUAUGAAAGCUAAGGAACAGUUGGUGGCGAAUGCUGAACGUCGUGCUCAGCAACUUCAGGCCCAGCUUGACGCUAAAGGUAGCGUUGAUAAGGAGGUCGAAUUCCUCCGUGCCGAACUUAAGAAAGCCGAAGAACGUCAUGACACUGUUCUGGCAUGCUUACAAAAAUCCGAAUCUGCAGCCCUGGAAACCUCCCAAAAUCAAAAACAAGUUGUUGAUGAACUCAAAAAGAAACUUGAAGAAGCUAGUGAGAGUGAAUCGGAGACAGAAGCAAAAAUGACCAAACUUCAGCUCGAUCUGCAAACGUCUAGAAAUGAGCUUAGUGUGACGAAGGAAUCUGUCAGAAAGCUCGAAGCAGAUCUUGCCGAAUUGCAAGCGGAGAAGAAAAAAUUGGAGUCGAAGGCAUCAGUAGCCGAUGAGCUGACCACAUUGAUGGCUUCGCUCUCGGCAGUUCGAGCUGAAAAUGGGCAAUUCCAAGAAGAGAUUCGAUUACUUCACAGUCAGUUGGAAGAAGUCAAAGACGAACUGGAACGUUCCUUGGAAGAAAGUGAUGAGUGGAAAUCACGUGCUGAAACGGCCGAGAAAGAAAAGGAAGUGAUGGAAGCACAAAUGAACAAAGAGCAUGAAAAACUUAUUGCUCUUACCAGUUCCGAAGCGACGCAUGUAGCACAUGAAGCGGAACUUGCGUCCAGUACCUCCAAGUUACAGUCUGAAAACACAGAACUGCAAGAAGCUACGAAAGAUUUACGUGCUAAGUUGGAUCGGGUGGAAAAUGAGAAGAAAGCCGCUGAAGAGGAGUCAAUACGGAAGCUGAAAGAGCUCACCGAGAAGUGUGAGGCUAUUCAAAAAGAGGCAGACACAAGCCGAUCCAAAGUUGGCGCACUGGAGGAAGAACAAAAUCGUUUCCGAGAUGCAGCAGAGCAGGAGAAACAACGUCUGCUUGAAGUUGCAGAAAAGCAAAGAGAAAAGGUGGAACAGCUGCAAGAAGAGGUUAACAAGCUCAAGGAUAAGCUGAAACAUUCGGAAGAGGUUACCGCAGCCGAGGUGGAGCGAUACAGUACAGCUUGUGCACGGUUAUCCGAAGUGGAAAGAGAAUAUGAAGAUAUGAAACAUACCCUGCAGAGUACCCAAUUUCAAUCCAAGGAAUCCUCUGACAAACUGCAAGAAACGGAGAACCUUGCUGUUCGAGUAAAGCAACAGCUUGAAGAGUUGGAACGUGAACAUGCCACAAAAUUACAGGAUAUGGCUACUGAACACAAAGCUCAUCAAGAAAGAUUAGAAAAACGCAUAGAAGACAUGGAAAAAGCAAGGCAGGAGCAAAUCGAAGAACUACAGAGGCAGAAGCAUGAGACGGAAGAGAUUUAUCGCAAGAGACUGGAAGAAGCUGAGAAGAAACUUGAGGAUGCCAAAGAAUCUCAUAGAAACCAAAUUGCACAAAUGGAAGUUGCUGUACGAGAAGCUGCACCCAAAAAAGAAGUGGAAAAAUUGCAAAAAGCUAAGGAUGAUCUGGAAGAGAUGCAUAAAGAACAGACUGAGAGGUUGAACAGAAAGAUCGCUGAUCUCGAAACUCGUCUCACUCAAGCAUCAAAGAAUAAUGCUGAGAUGGUUGCCAGUAUGCAGGAUAUGUCAGCGCUACUUGAAACUGAGGCGAAAAAACGAGAAGAACUUAGUGAGGAACGUAAAAAAUGGAUGGAACAAUUGGAUGAAAAAGAGAGACAAUUGGAAGAAGCUAGAAGUAGCUCUGAGGGAGAAGAAAAGAUCAAUCAUCUCGCAGCUGAGAAUGUUCGCCUGGCCAGUGAGGUGUUGAAGGCGCAUACACAGGCCGAGAAAACUCUACAAGUCGAGAAGGACCUCAUCACUAAGCAGUUCGCUGAUAAGCUGAAAGCUGCUCAAAAUGAACGGGAUAAACUAUCCAACGAUAUGGAAGCUUUGCGGGCCAAAAUGCGGGUCAUGGAAUCUAGGAUCGAAGACCAGAGAUCAUCAAUUGAACUGGCCGAGAAGAUAAGAAAAGACGAAGUAGCCUCCGUCCAAGCAGAGCUAGACGCUGUCCGAAAAGAAAAGUCGAAACUCAAGGAAGAAAUGGAAAACCUUCGUAGUAAUAACAACGGGAAUCCGGUGCCACCUCCGCGUAGGACCAUCUCAAACAUGUCCACCUACACCUACAACACCCAGACAGACUUCAGUGAAAUCGAGGAUGUGCAUCGAUUGAGGAGCGAGAUCGAUAAGCAAAAACGUUUGAUCAUCGUAUUGCGCCGAAAACUUCAAGGUCUCCAAUGA